UAAUUUGAAAAUACGUAAGAUUUGAUUUCAUAUUUAUGUUUAUUACAUACCAAGGUCACUGUCAUUUUAUACUUGUUUCUUGCUGAGUCAUUCUGUAGUGACUAGUUGUGAGUUUAUCUUAAUUGUGACAGUUGAAACAAAAUAGCAAAUAAUCAUGAUAACGUCUACACUAAGCUUCGCGAUGCAUAUACUAGUGGGGUCGUAUAGAGUAUUGGCCCCACUCGGUCAGUUAUUGGAGUUUGUGCUGCCGUAUCGCACCAUGGCUAAAGCUGUCGCUGGGAAAAUUGAUUUCAAUACAAAGCAUUUAAAGCGAGGUGACCCCCUACCACCAUACAAUGGAAAGCUUCGAGUAUACAACAUGCGACUCUGUCCGUUUGCACAACGCACUAUCCUGGCUUUGAACGCAAAGAACAUUGAUUAUGAAGUGGUCAAUAUUAACUUGGCAGAGAAACCAGAAUGGUUGACUAGCAAAAGUGUAUUCGGUAAAGUACCAUCAAUUGAAAUCAAGGAGGGCGUAUGCAUUACCGAGAGUCUUAUAACUGUUGAAUAUUUGGAUGAUGCUUAUCCUGAAAAGCCGUUGUUACCAAAAGAUCCAGUUAGGAAAGCAUUGGAUAAAAUUAUUGUUGAAGCCACGGGACCGAUUGUAACUUUAUUUAUAAAAUCAGUGAAAGCGCCAGAUACUAUCACAGAGGAAACCAUAUCUUCGUUUUACAAAGCGCUCGACUAUAUCCAGGAUAAGCUCAAAGAACGCGGCACUCAGUACCUGGGUGGCGACGCGCCUGGCUAUGUCGACUACAUGAUUUGGCCGUGGUUCGAACGACUUCUAGUGUUGAACAAAGACGAUGCCCGUGCGAGCAUCGAUCCCAAGAAGUUCGAACUGCUGAUGGCGUAUCUGGACAAAAUGAAAAGAGACCCUGCCAUAGUCCCGUACUUGGUACCAGAUGAGACCAUGAUAGCGUUCCACGAAGCUUUCAAAACUGGGUCUUACCCUAACUACGACGUUUUAGACUUAAAUACCAAGUAAUAUGCUUUUUUUUAACAUGUAUGUACUUACUUAUCAUAAUUUUUGGUGGUUUUAAUAAAUGUUUAUUUUUACUGGC